AGGAAGAGGAAGCUAGAAAGAAUAAGAAAAAUUUGAAGAAGAAAAAACAAAAAAACAUGAAAGAUAAGUGAUCCUUUGCCAAGAAUUUUAGGUGAUAUUAUCUCAUUUCAUCCUGAGAUGAGAUGAAAUGAGAUAUUAUCUCAUUUCACCCCAUUUUAGAGAUGACAAAGCUGAGUUCAACGGCGACAAAGGCUCUCCAAGGAUGACAGAUUUAGAUGCAUCUAUAAUUUAUACACGUACCUAUAUCUACGUCUAUACUUGUGUCAGUGGUUUGAGAGGGCAUUUAAAUACAGAUUUUUUCAACCAGAUUUUAGACUCUCUGCAUUCCCCUUUGAUGCCUGCAAAGUUGUUGCAGAAACCCCAGACCCCUGGGAAAUGCUAUGGAACUGAUUACUGAUUUCUAAGAAAACCUAACUCACUGCUAGCAGAGCUGUGAUCUCUCUAACAAAAACGGUUGAUUGGAAGACAUCUAUUAAUGGGGAAAUGCUGCAAUUUAAUAAAUAACCCCCCACAUGAAAAUUAUUUCACACAUUCGUGCGUGAGGCGAGCGGAGCCAGAGGCGAGACCAGAGGCUGAACUCGGGAUCUGACAAGAUGGCCGGGCUGCCCUGCAUGGUUAUCAAGGAAACCCAGCGUUUGCUGGCAGAGCCAGUUCCUGGCAUUAAAGCAGAACCAGAUGAGAGCAGCGCCCGUUAUUUUCAUGUGGUCAUUGCUGACCCUCAGGAUUCCCCCUUCGAGGGAGGAACUUUUAAACCUGAACUAUUCCUUCCAGAAGAAUACCCAAUGGCAGCCCCUAAAGUACGUUUCAUGACCAAAAUUUAUCAUCCUAAUGUAGACAAGUUGGGAAGAAUAUGUUUAGAUAUUUUGAAAGAUAAGUGGUCCCCAGCACUGCAGAUCCGCGCAGUCCUGCUAUCGAUCCAGGCUUUGCUAAGUGCUCCCGACCCAGAUGACCCAUCAGCAGAUGAUGUAGCAGAGCAGUGGAAGACCAACGAAGCCCAAGCCAUAGAAACAGCUAGAGCAUGGACUAGGCUAUAUGCCAUGAAUAAUAUUGAAAUCGAUCCGAUCAUCAAGUGUGCAUCACUUCUCCUGUUCUGCCAAGACUUCUUCCUUUUUUGUUUGCAUUUAAUGGACACAGUCUUAGAAACAUUACAGAAUAAAAGCCCAGACAUCUUCAGUCCCCUGGUGAUUGAAUGCACAGUAGCAAAUCUAUGUCUUGUCCUGACUCACUGUUGUAAAGCAGGAGCAGAGGCUAGAAAUGUCAUCUGGAUUGUUGCGAGACGUUUAAAAGCAGCGGCCCUUCUCUGCUUUUAUUCAUUUCCCCAUCAUGGUUUGAGUAUAAAGCGCUGUGAAUGAAGGUAGUUGUCAGGGUUAGCUGCAGGGGUGUGGGUGUUUUUCUUUAUUAUUAUUAUUUUUUGGUGGUCGGGGGAAGGUAGUUUUAUUUGAAUUUUAUGGGCUCCUUUCCCCCUUUUUAUGGUGAUCUGAUUGCAUUGGUUAAAAGCAGCUAACC